GAGAGCAAAUGAUCAAGUGGGUAAAAAAGACGAAACUUCUCGGGAUGGUCAUUGAUGAGAAUCUCAGUUGGAAUGAACAUAUAUCGGAACUAAAACUGAAUUAUGUUAACAAAUUAAAUCUUGUAAAAACAUCAAGGUUUUUGCCGACAAGUGUACUAUUAGAUUUAUACUUUAAAGUCAUUCUUCCAUCCAUUACCUACGCACUGGUUGUCUGGGGCGGAUGUAGUAACAAGGAAAACUUCAAGUCAUUAGAACGCUUGCAUUGUAGAGCUGCAAGAAUUAAAAACAAAUUACCUAGAUACAUGCCAUCGGAAGAUGUGCUUUCCAAAGUCGGUUGGAACACAUUAUUCUUCUACUAUAAGACAGCUAUAUUGAAACUAAUUUGUAAAAUAAUUAAGAAUGUAACACCUAACUAGAUGUCAGACUUGGUAAGCAGACGAGAAUGCAAUUACUCUCUACGAGCCAAAUACCAACUAUCUGCACCCCGCUUCAAUACAAAAACUCUGAAGCUCUCUAUAACGUAUAGAGGUGCAACCUUGUGGAAUGAUAUAAAUCGAAAACAUAGCGAAAUAAACAUUGAUGAAUAUGACAAUGUUAAUGCUUUCGUAAAAAAGGCCAUAAAAACAAUCACCUUCAAAGACUUUGUCUUUUUAUAGACAUAGUUAGUAAAUAGAUAGUAAUUAAUUCUUACAUGUAAUUCAUAACUUUUGUAUAUAUCUCUAAGUGCACGACCCCACAAGCUUAUGCUUUAAAAAUUAUUGUGUUUAAAUAAAGUCAUAUUAUUAUUAUUAAGGCACUAGAAUCUUUCACAGACCAAAUAGAGAUCUUAUCAUAUCCUGCUGCAAUACCAGAACGAAGAGAAUUCACAAUAUUUAUUAUUUCAGGUUCGGUAGUUAAAUCUAAAAAUAUGGAAUCCACAAAUUUAGUUGCCUGUGAGAAAAGAUUUAUACGAAUUAGACAUUCUAGGAAUUGUUUUUGCCAAAUUUGGGCCAAUAUUAGUAAAAUAAUCACAAAAGUAAUUUGCAAUCUCUACUGGAUCAGAAAUAUUUUGAUUGUCAACUGCAAAGUUGGAGGGUAGUUUCCUACGUCGUCGUUUCUUAUUUACUACUUCGCUUAAGAUCUUCCAAGUAUUUUUGGUAUUUGAUUUAGCAUUCUCAAGUUUUCCUUCAUAAUAUUUACGUUUGGCAAUCCGUAACAAAUGGUUAAGUUUAUUCCUAAAUUUUUUGUAGACAUUCUCAUUAAUCGGACACGGAAUACUCAAAUAUUUUUUAAACAAUUUGUUUUUCCUUUUUAUAGACUUCAAAAGACCUUUCGAUAACCAAGGCUUUCUGAAGCCAUACUUGAAAGCAUUUACUUUUUUCAAUGGAAAACAAUAAUUAAAUGUUUCGGUAAAUUUAUUCAAAAAACUACCAUAUGCAUGUUUAGGGUCAUUAUAUUCCGGAAGAUCAGACCAAACUAUAUUUCGUAAUUUGUCAUGAAAUUUAGCAAUGUUUGUUUUGUUUUUGUCACGGUAAACGACAUACGCCUCCUUAUCAACAGAGGUGCAUUGGUCAUAAAGAACACAACAUAGUGGUAGGUGAUCGGAUAUAUCUGUGAAUAAUAAACCACUAAAACAGUAACUCUCAAGGUGAUUUGUAAAUAUGUUGUCAAUAAGCGUGGCUGUGUAAGAGGUUAUUCUAGUAGGGCACGUUAUCAAAGGGAAAAACAUAUUACAGUACAUUAUAUCCAGAAAUUCAUUUGUAUAUUUAUGACAAUGAUAGUUCAUUAAGUUUAAGUUAAAAUCACCCAUCAAAUAACAAACCUUAUUUUCUUUAGAUAUAUUUGUCAUUAAAAUCUCAGUACAUUUAACAAAUUCACCCACACUCUGGUUUGGAGGGUUAUAAAUAACACCCUCAAUAAUGUUUUUCCCCUUGGGACGACAGAUUUCUAUAAAGAAUGAUUCUAUACAUGGGUCAUCAAAAGUUAUAUCAUUACAAUGCUUAAAAUCUAACUCAGAAGCUAAGUAAAUACCGACACCUCCACCGGUUCUAUGACUACGACGAUUGUGCACAAAAUUAUAACCGUCUAUAUCACAAGUGUGUUGUGAGUUAGAUAACCAUGUUUCUGAGAUGCCAAUAACAGAAAACCUAUUAUCAAUAUUAGCAAGCAAAUUUGUCAAAUUACUAAAAUUACGAGUGAGGCUACGCAUAUUUAAAUGAAGAAAAGAUAAACAAUGCGAAUUAGUAGGUGUUAUAAUACUUGUUAUCAUCAUCUCAUUAAAUUUCUGUUCUGUGUAAUAAUCGCAUUUGAACUCAUUCGUAUAGAAAUUAGAAUCAGGGUCCAAAUCGUUAGAGAGGGCUAAACUUUUGUGACAACCAGAUAAUAAAGGAUUAAAUAUAAUAUUUAAACAAUCUACGUCAAAGUUUAUUGGACCAUUGUUAAGUUCGUACAAAACUAAUUGAAACUUGUCAUCGUCUAGGUGACUAAAUGGUAGAAUAUUAACGAAUUCGAGACAACACAAAUUAAAUAAAACUUAACUGAAUGUAGGAUCUAUUCGUUUUAGUGCUUGUUGGUAAUCAACUUUGAAGCGUUCGAACAAUUUUAACGUCGUGAAAGCCCAAACGCAGGAAGAUUGGUUUUCGUCUUUUUGUAGAAAGACUUUUUUUUAAAUAAUUCUCCCUCUUGAAUGAUUUAACUGUUUUCAACAACUCCCUGCAUUUCUGUGUGAGACUUUCAUUGAUGUAUAACUUUGAGUCUUGCUGGAAACCAAGAUCUCGAGCGUUUUUAAACCUGAGAUUAUGCUUCAGAUUAAAAAUUUUGUUUCGAACAUCGCGACGUGUCAAAUAAUCGCCGUAAUACGUCCGGGCGAAGCGGGAAGCCGAUGGCUGAUAGAGAUAUCACGAUCGUCCAAAUUAAUUUCGGAAUCGACCAAUUCGACAACAUGUCUCACAAUGCUAUUAGUAUCUUUGUCUGCACUCACAGGGACACCAUGAAUUUCAAUAAUAUCUCUCCGCAAGUACUGUUUCAGGUUCUCCAUAUCAGUCUCCACGGUUGUAACCUGGCCUUCUAGUGAGGCAACGCGUAAUUCUGGUGAAGGUUUUUUUUUAUUUGGGAAUCUUAAAGGAUGCGUGAAAAAUUUAUAUUUUUAUAACAGUGGAAAUACUAUAACUGUACGAUGAAGGCCCUGUAGACUACAGUAAUUAAAUAAAUAACUCUGUGGUAAUAUAUAACAAUAACAUUGUGCAAUUCAGUAUAUUUGUGCACACCUUCCUUGUAUUGGUUUUAAUUUCAUUAUUACAUAAUCGAUUUACUCUGAUGCCCCUGCAGUGAUUUGAUUUCCACCAGACAAUAUAAGUGGAUGCUUUCGCUUUGAACAACUUGUGUUGUAGACAAAAUGUCCAGUGUUAAUGAUUUGCCAGUGCAAAUGUGCCAGUGCAAAUGCAUGUUAUUUUUCUUCUUCCAUUUAUACUCCAACUCCGGACAAUUUUUGUAUUGGGUAUAAUUAAGUAAAGUGCACACCCCAAGGACAAAUGAUGUUACUGAUUUAAAUCCCACUUCAUUGGAUUUUAAAACAGGAGAGGCUAGCUGUAGACAUCUGGAAAACAUAUUAGUUGAAGCGAUUGUUAAUUAAUUGUGGAAUACAGUUAAUUAGGAGGGGGACAUUGGGAUUUACGGUAUGGCGGUAUUAGCUUAAUUUUCUUACGGUAUUUCGGUAUUUUCCUUGACAAAUUGCGGUAUUGGAAAUCUUGCAGUUCACAAAAGUUUGGACUCAAAAACUGCGGUAAUUGACAAAAUUUGAUUGCAGUAUUAUGGUAUUGAAUAGCCCCCAAUGCCCCCCCUCAAUUAGUACAUAUCAUUUGAAUUGAUAAAUUAUAUCCUGUCAAUUAAUACUUUUUGAGAAUUUAAAUGGUACAGUAUUGUGUGGCUGUGCACUGUGGUGAGUUUUGCCAAAAGUGGUUGCCUUGUACAAAUUUCAAAAAAUGUUAAUUUUUUCAAGUAGACAAGUAUGAGAUGGCAAUGUUUUGAUCACAGAUAAUUAUGACCAAAUAACUAUUAAAUGGGGACAAGUAUGUUCAACAAAAAAAAUAUAAUGGGCAGUUAGGCUGUUCUUUCAAGUUUAUCACCAACAGGCCAGUUCUAGGUUGAGCUGGCUGAGUUCAGAGCUGUAAACAGCUGAUUAGGCAUGCAGAGCUGAAUUAAACAGGGUUUACAAACCACUACCUUAUAAUUGUGAGCAUGCACUAACUUAUUGUGCACAAUCUCCAAUUCAAAUAAACAAUAGCAUUUUAACACAUGCAUGCAAUUAUGUGAGAUACAGAUAAUUAAGGACAUUAAUAUUCACUAAUAAUUAAUAUUUACAGUACAUAAAUCUGUUUAAACCGGCUGAAUUGAGUGUUCACAUAGUCACAAUGGACGAGUUAGGUACAUGAGACUGCAACUGCUCUGCACUUUUUAUCAGUUGUACUCAUAAUCUUUUAUUCUCUGUCUAUAUACCUGUAUUGAGUAUCGAAUUGUUAGAAGAAGAAAGUAUCUCAGUUUAAAUAACAAAGUAAACCAUGCAUUAAUUGUUAACUUCAAUCUGUUACUUCAGCAUUUCUAUAAAUUAUUAUUCUUUGAAAUAACUGGUGCCCAAGUGAACAAUCCAAGCCCAUGUAGUGAGGGAAUUUUUGUUUCCUUUUUCAACAAAUUACAACAAUGUGAACAUUUGUUUUGGAGUUUAACAUGGGAAAGUGUCGAGUCCUUUCUAAAAUAUUGAAUAUUGAUGUGCGGUCUGAACCAAAGGGAUGGAAUGGUAUUUGAUUAUAAUAUUCGUUUCAUAUCAGAUGAGAAUUCAUUUUCGUUGAGUUGCGCAUGUUAACUAAUAUUACCUGUUCAGUAGAAAAACCUUUCUUAAAUCCAAAUUGAUAUUCAUAUAUUACUUUUUUUUAGUUAGAAAAAGUUCUAAUUGAUCAUAAACUGUGAGAAACUAUCAGGGCCCAGUGUUCCACAUCUACUUGAAAAAUGCCUAAGUGCUCAUCCAAAUGUCAGUGAUGUCAAACCCUAAACUAAUUCCAGAUGUACAGCAUGUGUCAUGCAACAAGAGAAUAGAGCAAUGUAAGCCUUUUUCGACAAUCUUAAAUAGCUAAAUUAGUAAACCUGUGUUUGCUCUGGACAAAAUUAAUGGUUUAUGAGGAAAAUCAUUAAAUCUGAAUUUCCAAGUCUUCCUAUGCACCUAAGUAUGCCAUUUUCAUCUUCAAUUAUAUUUAACAUCCCUCUAAGCUGAUCAAAAUUACCCUGUUCGUGUAACUCUGUUUGUGCUGCUUCAACCCACACAUUUUCAGCAUUAAUAACUUUCCCAUCUGUCAAUGCAUUGUCAUCAUGCUGUGAUGUUCCUCUUCAGCCUAAGUCUGCUGGAUAUUCUGUGUUUUUGUACCCCCAAUCAUUUUUGUGUGUUAAUUUUAAAAUUUCACCAACGUGGUGACAAACAAAUUGUUUCCACUCCCCCCUGUUUUCAAUACAAACACAGGGCUGUUUUACUGUCUAACCUAUGUUUCAAUGCACUUGCAUUCCAUAGCUUUCAUUACACUAUCCAUUAAUUCAGCUAGAAUUUUUGCAUUCACAGCUAAAUAUCCCGGCUGCACCACUCUACCAUGCACAAUAGAUUAGUAGUUAAAGACAUAAUAUAUUAAAAUCUGGCAGACCAGUCACAUUGAGAACAUGUAUGUGUGUAGCCACAUAAACCGACAAAAAUGCUGCGAUUUUUUAAUUUAAUGGUGUAUUACUGCUUGAACAUUCUUAAUACAAACUUGAUUGCUCACCUUGUUAAUACGUAGCAUGAGAGACCAGCCGAGUCACUUCAUUUGGUCUUGAGGAAACGUCAGAUGAUGAAUGCAAUGAAGAAGGCAAUGAUGAAGAUAAUGAAGAAGGCAAUGAUGAAUAUAAUCAAGAAGACAAUGAUGAAUGCAAUGAUGAAGGCAACAAAGAAUUCAAUGAUGAAGGUAACAAAGAAGGCAAUGGUGAAGCUAAUGAAGAAGGCAAUGAAUGAUGAAGUUAAUGGAGAAGGGAAUGAUGAACGUAAUGAAGAAGGCAACAACAAAGACAAAAGCUCCAAAUCCUUUUGCUGCCAAAGAACAAAUUUUCAAUAUAAUGAAUUCUGCUCCAGCAGGGUCGGAUCCAGACCCCAAAACUGACUGUUGCUCCUGAACCUCGCUUGACUAGGGAGGACUGGCGGCAUGCUCCCCCAAACAAAUUUUGAAAUUUGAAUCGUGGAAACACCAUUUCCUGGAUUCUGAGCAGCACAUUUCCUCUUCAAUUUCGGUCCUCAACAUAUAUGGACGGUGAAGCAUGGCCAUCACCAGCAUGGCCGUCAUUUGCUUUUGGUGGUUAUGAUAUUAAAUAUCAACAGUUUGGGCAGGAUAGUAUGUUUGAAUUGUAAACAAAUUAUCGUCACUAAAGUAAACAUCAUCAAGCUGAAUUCAUAAUUAUGCACAUUAUGCAUUGCUUCUUCAAUCACUGCUGCUGUAUGAUCAUAUUUCAAAAACUGACAUGGCAGGGCAGUAUGAGACAAGCACUUUGCAAAGGCAAUUUUAAGCCAAGUGAAUGCUCCAUUCUCAACAGGUGUGUGAAAAAUAAGUAGACAAUUUUGAAACGGCUCUCAAUUUCACAAAUCCGCUCAUCAGUAGCCUGCUCACAGGCUCUUAAAUGAGAGCCUGCGACUUUUAUUGAUAUUUUUUCAAUAUGCCCCCUCGUUUUUUCCCUAAACAUGUUCUAAUAUUUAAAAUAUAGUGCCGUUUGUAUAUUGCUGUCCCGUUCAUACAUUGCCGUUUGAAAUUAUUAUGCUGCUAUAUUACAGACACGUAAAUUUUAUUCUUUAUAUUAAAUGUAUUCACAUUUUAAUAUAAAGAAUAAAAAUUUUUUUCCAAAAUAUAACUGUAAGAUUUAAGGAAACGUAUUUAGGUUUUGAACCAACACUAUUUAUUAAAAGUAUCGAACAAUAGCAGGCUAAAAACAACAGCAAACAGUUCUUACAGGUGAAGUGUAACAACUAUUUGUAUAGUUUUAAAUGUUUACAUUAAUAGCGUGAAGUCUGUCAAUUGCUCAAUAAUACAACUCAAUAGACAAUUUGAUAUACUCUAAGGGGCUAACAGCAGCAACAAAGAAAUUCUCAAUCGUACCAUGAAGAAGGCGAUGUACUAAGCUUGGAAAACAACGCCGGUAGGACUGAAUAUUAAAAAUAAGACUUUUGCCGGCGAAGCCAGUUGUCAGGACAUCUUGGCUGUCAACAACAAGCUUUCGAAUACUUCACUAGUUUGGCUGUUCUUUCGGCGUCGUAUGUCCAAAAUUCGUCAAAGAUUUUGAUAAAGCCCUUUCAAAAUACUGUUUGUUUGAUUUAUUUUCUGCCAUAUAGCAUAAAAGAAAAGAAAUUCGAAGAAAUCGAUAAUGGAAUUUGUUACAUGCAUUUGACCUUUAUAUUAAUUGUUGCCUUGAGCCCUUGACUUGACCGAGCUAUUUUUAAAACUGUUGUUUAUGUGAACUUGCAACCAAUCAAAAUCUUUCAUGAUGCGGAUCAACCAAUCAGAUUUCCCGUCCACCAGAUGGACGGGAAUCCCACAGUUUAGACAGGUUUUGUGUCAGGCCCUAUUCUGUGAUUAGGGCCUGAACUUCAGGUUAGGGCGGACUUGAGGACUUCGGUCAUGCAAAGACUACGCACACAACUAUCAGUGCAGAAUUUGAAGGUGUAAAUUCAAAUUGGCCAGGUGUUCUACUAUAAACCUUUUCCAAAGAAGUACAAGGCAAAAACUUCGACGUAUGCCUUGCUGAUCUUUGCAGAGAAAGUAAAAUAAGUAUAGUUCAGGCUGACAAUUUAUCUAACCGGGUUUAAUAGAAUGGAAUAGAAACUUUAUUUCACGACGAAAACGUAUUAACCAUAAAAAAUAAAUUUGAUAUUUACAGGCAUAAAAAGUAUUAAAGAUUACGACUAUAUACAUAUCAGAAAAAAAAAUUAGUAUAAAUGAAUACAAUUACAAUUUAGUAAAUAUUUACAAUUUAUACGUUUGCUUGAUCACUUGCGGCAGAAAGCUUCAAGACUUUUGUGUGUUUUCAAAAGAAUUAUUACCAACAUUGAACAAGCCCAGCGAGAUGUUCAUCGAGACACAGGCAGUGAAUCAUUUUAAAGCAAUUGAUCAUCAAAUAUGCCUUCAGUCGACUUUUCAUCUAACAUUUCUCCCAAAUACUUCGCUGACAACCCCAGGCUUUCCGCCUCAACAAUCUGGUCUUGAAUAAGCCCAGACAAUGGGCAAAUUAUUAAAACAGAUGCCGUCGAG